CAUCACAUCAGUGAUCAGUGUUGAGAUUGAAGAUUCAGAAAAGCUGAUUCUGCUGCAGCCGGAGGAGUGAUGGAUAGAAAGGUGAAGAUGAAGGAUUUCUAACGAGAAUCUUAUGCCGAAGAAAAAAUCUGCGAAAGUAAAAAAACCGGUGAAAGAGGAAGUGAAGCAACCGCCCAUUGACGAGAAUCAAUUGCGAAGAGAUUUGCGAGACAUCAUAAAAUCGAAAGCGGUUGAAAAGCCCACAGAACCGAUCGCGAUGGCGCUGACAGAUAAACCGGAACGUGUUGAAGAUCUGCUUAUCGGUGGCAUCGAGGGCGGUGGCACACACUCGACCCUCAUUAUCAUGGAUGGCAGAGGCAAGCAACUUGCGCAAGUCAAAGGCCCUGGAACGAAUCAUUGGAGCGUGGGUAUGAAGGAAACGGCAAAUCGAAUAAGCGAAAUGAUAAUGAGAGGAAAAAAAGGUGCCGAGAUAGCAGAGAAUCGUCCACUGGAUUGCGUGGGUCUUUGUCUCAGCGGUUGUGAGGAAGAAGUCACCAACAAACAGCUCGCUGAUACUCUCUUGAAGGAAUAUCCAGCAGCGGGUCGAGAAUACGUGGUCGGUUCGGACACGAUUGGCAGUAUAAGCACUGGAGCUGCAAACGGCGGUGUUGUCCUCAUAGCCGGAACGGGCAGCAAUGCGCUUCUGGCAAAUCCGGAUGGCAAAACCCACAGCUGUGGUGGUUGGGGUUACAUGAUGGGGGAUGAAGGCAGUGCUUACUGGAUAGCUCAUCGCGCCUGCAAGUACGUUUUCGACGACAUCGACGGUUUGGUCUCUUCGCCACAUCCGACGUCUUACGUCUGGCCAGCGAUGAGGGAUUACUUCAAAAUUUCCGAUCGAAUGGCAAUGCUUCCUCACUUGUACAGCAAUUUCGACAAAAGUGGGAUCGCACUUUUUACCAAAGAAUUGUUCCUCGGGUGCCAAAAAAAGGACCCACUGUGUCUCCUACUUUUUGAAGACAAUGGCAGAUAUUUGGCAAAACAUAUCAAUGCUGUAGCUAGGAAAGCUCAUAACGAUGUGAAGCUCUGUCCUGGCGGGCUCAAAGUCGUUUGCGUCGGUUCCGUAUGGAAAUCUUGGGAGUUUUUGAAAAACGGAUUUGUCCAGGAGAUCCAGAGUAACAACCUCAUUGACGAACUGACGCUUAUGAAGUUGACAGUAUCAUCGGCACUGGGUGCCUGUUACAGAGCUGCAGAAAAAGUCCAUUGUUACAGCCUAGAAAAAAAUUACGACCGAAACACCGAAAGUUUUUUUCAUUACAAACGAGACUGAACACCGACGAGUGUUGCUGCGAGAGUACAAAAUUUAUUGGAAAAAAAAAAAACAGAAGAUUGCAAACGGAAUGACUCAUUUCACUUGGAGUGUAAGCGAAAUUAAUGAAUAAUGAAAAAUUAUUAUUUAUUGACGCUCAAAGUGGAUUGAAAAUUAUUUGAAAACAAAAGUGUGAACGUAGAAGAAUUGGAGAUUGGCUCAAUCAGCGAUUCAAAUGAAAAUUCAACUGCUCGUCAACACGAAAGCUGUUUUCAGAAUGAACAUUUUUUGUAAAAAUUUGUAUUUUUUCAGAAUCGAAUUUUCAUAUGAUAUUAUAAAUAACAAUGUAAUUAUUAAUAGUAAAUAAAAAAAAUAGAAGAAUA